ACAGAGGAGGAAGGAGAGAGAGAGAGAGAGAGAGUGGGAGAAGGAGAAGGAGAAGGAGAAGGAGAAGGAGAAGGAGAAGGAGAAGGAGAAGGAGAAGGAGAGAGUGAGGGAGAGGAGGAGGAGGAGGAGGAGGAGGGAGAGGCGAGCGCUGUCCAGCCCGGCUGCAGCUGCAGCUCCCAGUGUCCCCCCGACAUGGCUCCGACCCUGGCGACAGCCCACCGCCGCCGCUGGUGGAUGGCCUGCACGGCCGUCCUGGAGAACCUGCUCUUCUCGGCUGUGCUGCUGGGCUGGGGAUCCUUGCUGCUCAUGCUCAAGUCCGAGGGCUUCUACUCUUACCUCUGCCAGGAGCCAGAAAACACCACCAACAGCAGUGGGACGGGAAGCAAUGGGACGGAGGCAGAGAUCAUCCUGCGGAUGAAUGGCUGGCUCGUCUGCAAGGACCAGGACGAGAUGCUCAACCUGGCCUUCACCGUCGGCUCGUUCCUGCUCAGCGCCAUCUCGCUGCCUCUCGGGAUCGCCAUGGACAAGUAUGGGCCCCGCAAACUGCGGCUCAUCGGCAGCACCAGCUUCGCACUGUCCUGCCUGCUGAUCGCGUAUGGAGUCAGUAACCCUGACGAUCUCUCAGUGCUGAUCUUCAUUGCACUCUCGCUCAAUGGCUUUGGAGGCAUGUGCAUGACGUUCACCUCACUCACGCUGCCAAACAUGUUUGGAGACUUGCGGUCCACCUUCAUCGCCCUGAUGAUCGGUUCCUACGCCUCGUCGGCUGUGACCUUCCCUGGCAUCAAGGUGAUCUACGACCUGGGGGCCCCAUUCAUCAGCAUCCUGCUGGCCUGGGCGGCCUGUGGAGGCUUGGUCUUCCUGAACUGCCUCCUCAACUGGCCCCUGGAGCCCUUCCCGGGGCCCGAGGACAUGGACUACACGGUGAAGAUCAAGUUCAGCUGGCUGGGCUUUGACCACAAGAUCACGGGCAAGCAGUUCUACCGACAGGUGACCACAGUCGGCCGCAGGCUGAGUCUGGGCAACUCCAUGAAGCCGCAGGACAAGCUGUGCGUGCAGGAUGGUAACAAGCUCUGCCUGUCCACCGUCGACCUGGAGGUCAAGUGUCAGAGCCAGGAUCAAGACUCCACCUCCUUCAUGCAGAGUAUCUUCAGUCCCGUGUACAUCCUCAGCCUGGUCACUAUGUGUGUCACCCAGCUCCGUCUCAUCUUCUACAUGGGUGCCAUGAACAACAUCCUGGAGUACCUGGUGGAGGGCGACAUCGUCACCGUCAGCCUGUACUCCUCCAUCUUUGGUGUGCUGCAGCUGCUAUGCCUGAUGACCGCGCCAGUGAUCGGGUACAUCAUGGACUGGAAGCUGAAGGACUGUGACGAUGGUGCAUCCGAGGAGAAGGAGCUGGCUGCUGGGAAGAAGCCGGACGGCAAGAAACGGGACCGGAAGAUCCAGAAGAUCGCCAACGCCACACGAGCUUUCGUCUUCACCAACUUCCUGCUGGUGGGGUUCGGGGUGACCUGUCUCAUCCCCAACCUCCCCCUCCAGAUUCUGUCCUUCAUUCUGCACACCAUCGUUCGAGGCUUCAUUCACUCAGCGGUGGGCGGACUCUACGCAGCAGUAUACCCCUCCACACAGUUCGGCAGCUUGACUGGAAUGCAGUCGCUCAUCAGUGCACUCUUUGCUCUCCUCCAGCAGCCGCUCUUCCUGGCAAUGAUGGGCCCACUCCAAGGCGAUCCCCUCUGGGUGAACAUUGGGCUGCUGGGUGUCAGCAUGCUGGGCUUCUGCCUGCCCGGUUACCUCCUCUUCUACCGACACCAGCUGCAGAAGCAGAAGGCACGGCAAGCUGAGGAUGCCAAACUCUUCAUGAAAAUCAAUGGCAGCUCCAAACACGAGGCCUUUGUGUAGGCCCCGGGCUGUGACCCCGAGGCAGGACUUUGUUGACACGUGUCCCUCUCACUCCAUCCACACGCCCGCCGGUGAGACUCUCGCAGGCUCCUGGUCGGAGCUGGAGACCCUUCUCUGGAAACUACAUCUCAAGAUCACCAGUUAAUCACCUUAUUUAUGUGGGAUGGGCAGCCAUUCCCUCUAAUUUAUUGGCCAAGGUCGUGGUGCUUAUGAUCUCUCUGUACUUGUUGGCAGGUCCUGUUUGGAGGGAGCUCACUUCUCCUGGAUUGUCCAUCCAGAGCCUGCAGCCUAAUGUUUUGGGCAAGAAAGAUCAUCCCCUCUGUCUUUUCCAGAAGCUUCUAUCUCCCUCCAAGUAUCUGCUACCCGGAGAGGUUGGAGCCAAGUGUGGGGUGGUUGGGGUUUGAGUACAGUUUCCCCAAGUGUCCAGCCCCAGGACAAGAGCCACAGGAUGUCCCACCAGGAGAUGCCAGUGAUGUCCACCCAGGGCAGCCUGGGGUCACUGACCAGUAUGGUCCCAGCCCCCACAGCUGGGGGUCUGCCCCACUGACCACAGCAGGAGAUGGGGGCGGCAAGACCAUCCUUGAUCAAUCUGGGCAUCAGGAGGACUUCCUUCAUGGAACUGCAGCUGGGGUGAGGGGGCUUUGACCCCACUCUCCCCAGGAGUUGGAGAGGGUGACCCCAGGGUGUUAACUUUAACCCCACAGAUUGGGGGCAGUGGGGGGGGGGUGUCCCAUCGCCAGGGCGGUUCCCACCCAUGGCCACCAGAGGGCAUAUGUCAUGGCUCGGGGCUGCCCUCUGGAGGCCGGGGGUGUAGGUGGCCGGAGUCCGUCCCUGUCCAGCGGCCGGAGUCUCUGCCCUCCAGCAGCCAGGAGCCUGUCCCCUGGUUCAGCAGCUGGGAGCCCGUCCCCAUCCAGCGCGCACUCUCCUGACUGGCACUGGUAGGACACCCAACAUGCCCUCACCAGUUGCUCCCUCGAUGCCCAGACCGGACCACCGCAGAUGGAGAGAGCAGCUCGGCACCUCCUUCCAGGGGCAGUUGGCAGUGGCCUGGGGUUGGGGGGUCACGUUGUGGCUCCAGGUUUGGGGUGGGGGUUGAGUCCGUAAAGGUGUCCUGGAGAAGGUAAAAAAAAACCCCACUCUGGGACGGCAGGCUUCCACUGCUUCAGUACGAGCUGCUCUUCACCUUGAUGCAUCAUCCCCAGUCACUGCCAAUGACCACCAGCAGUGUGUCCCUCCUGGCUGUAGAGCGAGAGGGCGUGGGUUGCAGCAAAGUCUGGGUCCUUGGACAAACUCUUCAAAACAGGUUUGGAAAACCUGCAGAAAAACCCAUUUUGACUGCAGAUUAUUGAAAACUGCUCCGUCCCGUUUGAGUAUUGGAACUAGUCUCCUGUGUUAAAGGGGCAGUGCCACUGUAUUCAGGGAUGACGCACUGCAUUGAAUGUAUUAAAGGGCUGAUUCUCUUCAACUGUAAGAGCAGCGCAGCAGUGUUAGAGGGUCCUUCAUUUCGGGGUGUAAUCCCAGGCGAGACAUCCGUGUAGAAUUCACGGGGCGCAGGACACCCUCCCUCCCCCGUGGUCACACAGUCAGGUGCGGCCUCACACAAUGGGUGCAGCUGAGGAUAGCUAAACCCUGCAGAUGCUGGAGGUCGGAGGUAAGUCCCAAGGAGGCUGGAAACACUGCACAGGUCAGGCAGCGCUGGUGGUGGGGGGAGAGAGAUGGGAGUUAACGUUUCAGGCCAGGGAUCUCUCUGCAGAACCUUCUGAUGGGAGGCUCAGCGACCUGGAACGUGAACCGUGCCCUUCCCCACAGUUGCUGCCUGACCUGCUGAAUAUCUCUGGUGUGCUGUAACCCUGAGGCAGCCCACGGUGAUCCGGAGGGUGGGAGGGGCUGUUUGAUCACGUGGCGCACCACCACCCUGCUGAGGUGUCCACUGACACUUCUCCCCAAGCCCCCACCACCCCCAGCCCACCCGUGUGGGACCAGUGUGUCAGACCCUGUGGGUGGGACAGACAGUCCCAGUCAGUCCUCACGGGACACGGUUAAACUCCAGCCCUCGGGCUGAAGACCAACAUUCCACUGGGCCUGAGGUUUCCUUGUACCUGGGCACCAGCCUAUUGCAGCGCACAAGGAGGAUAUUCAGCCCAUUGAGUCCAUGUUAGUUCUGUGGAUCGAUCCCAUCAGUCCCAUUCCCUUAUUUCCCUGUGGCCCUGCAGUUUAACCUCAAUCCUGCAUGCUGGAUAAUUAGAUAAAGGUUGGAACUGUCGGGAAUUGGGCAGGAGCCCGGGAACUGGGGUAAAGCAGGAGGAAAGUGGUUUAUCCAAGAGGGAAUAUCUUCCCAAGCUCCCAACCCCCUUCUCUCCUUGGGAGCUUAGGAAGAUAUCCCGAGUUCUCCCUCCCGGAAUCCUCCCACCACGUGGACUGCCUGUCCCCAUCUGUCAGUGUCUUGAGAAACACCCCUCCUUCACCCACACUCGGACCCUCCCUCCUGCCUGCUACCUCCCACCACAUUCCCAGGGAUCCUACCAAUCCCUCCCCUUGGCUAACUGUCUCAAGCAGAACUGGAAGUCCAUAUAGACACCAUCCGCCACACAGGGGUCUCUAUUGAACCCCCCCCCCCAACCAGGGUCCAAUCUGCCCACACAUAUAACCCAGCCACCCCCUCAAUUUCAGACACUGUGCCCUCGAUGGUUGAUGUGUCCGGCCAUGGCUCUGAGCUGAUUUCUCUUCCCUUUGAUUUCUUAAAGAAAAAAAUUCCAAUCCGGAGGCUCGCCUGAACCUGGAGUUUGGAAAGUAAACUCUGCCCCAAGCCCUUCCUGUGUUUCUCAGCAGAAAGCAUUGGAACUGUCUUGUCUCAUUUUCCCCACACCAGCUUGUCUGAGAUUUCAGUCCCAGCAUCACCCUGAAACCAGGCUCUUUCACCAUUACACAAGGUCCUGCAUUAAAGGGCUUGUGCUGGUUCCAGCAGCAAUUGUGUGAUUCAGGGAGGAUGGGGCUGGGGAAACUGAGACCAGCAUAGAGGGGUGGUGGGGAUGGACAGGGGAGGACAUGGUGACCAAUCUAGUCUUGUGAACACACACUGGUCCUGCAGGAGUAACCUUCCCUUUAACGUAGAACUCUGCCCCUUUAAUGAGGGGAAAACUUUCCCUUUAACCUCUCAAUCCAAGGAGGAGAAGCGGCAAUGUGCUGUGUUAAAGGGGAGGUUCCCCUCUUAAAGGGGCAAUGUUCUGUAUUAAGGAGAAGGUAAAACUCUCAUUAAAAGGACAGGGUUCUAUGUUAAAGGGAAGGUUCCCCCUCAUUAAAGGAGCUGAGUUCUGUAUUAAAGAGUAGGUGCCUCAUCAUUAAAGGGGCAGUGUUCUGUAUUAAAGGGUAGUUUCCUCCUCAUUAAAGGGGCAGUAUUUUGUGCUAAAGGUGAAGUUGCUUCCAUUGAGGGAGCAGAAUGCUGUGUUAAAGGGGAAGUUCCGCCCUAGCAAGGGGGACAGAUAUUUUUCUAGGCCGGGCUCUCUCCAGGUCCGGCAUGACCUAAAGGGGCUGAGUGACCGGUUCACGAAAUGCCGACAGCACGGUCUCCCUGGCUCCAACCACUGCACAUGACUUAGCAAUAAAAGCCCGCACAGAGCCUCUUACCCCUCGACGUGGCAGACAGCGGGCAUGCUUAGUGCCCGUUCCCUGCCCCCUACGCCCCAGCCCACCGCUCUCGGAGAUGCCCAGAGCUCCCACAGAAAACACUGACAUCCUACCCGUGGGGAUGGGGCGGUGGCGGGAGCUGAGGUCAACUUUCAGCCAAUGAUCUUACUGAACAGCAGGGAGGUCGAGGGGCCGAAUGGCCUACUAUUCCAACGCCUUUCGUUUGUUUUUUUAUAAAAGAUGUGUCUGUACCCUGGAACUCUGAACGAUAACGAUAUCUCACUCACAGGAGACUGAUUUUUCUGGCAUCCAAAUCAUUUGCCUGUUCUAUAAAUGUGUAUAUAUGGAUUAUUCGAUGUACUCAAUUUCACACUUAAUUUUUAUCAGGUUAUGCAUUCUGUAUUAAUAAAUUUAAAACACACACGA